AUGGAGCCCCACACCCCAUGCACCCCUUCAUCAGAUGUAAAGUGGCUCGCGAUGUGUUUUGCAGCAGAUCCUGUGCUGAAGCUCAGUUUCCGCGAUCUGAUCCACGAGCUUGAGCUUAAAGACCGUGUGGUUCAGCUGACCAUCCGGAACGAGCGCGAAGAAAUGGAGUCUGGCAAAGCUCGCCGUGCCGAGUCUGAGGUGCGGAAGCGCAUCACCGGCCAAGAGGGGAAGAUGCAGAGCCUCAAAGAUCAGGUCGCGCGCCUCUCCAAGCAGCUCCAGGAGCAGAAAGCGCAGGCAACCCACGAAGCAGCACGAGCAGGGGAGCUGGAUUCGCGGGAAGCAGCGCUGGCACAACUUCUGGAGGCAUCUGCCUCCCAGCUCGCGGAGAAGGCUGCUGAAGCUCGACGCUUCGAGGAGCUGCUUCUUCGCCAGACGAGGCGGGCCACGGAGGCCGAAGAGGCGCAGUCGACUGAGAGAUCUCGGUCCCUUCCCCUUCGGGUCCCUUCGGGUCUUCUGAAUCUUCUGGGCUUAUAG